AUGGCUCACACGGGGAACCCCACAUUCUGGAUGGUUACUGAUGAAGAUGAAUGCAGAGGAGACCGCAAGACCAGGAAGCCUCUGGUUGAGAAGAAGCGGCGAGCACGGAUCAACGAAAGCCUGCAGGAGCUGCGAGGUCUCCUCUCAGACACGGAGUUACAUGCUAAGAUGGAGAACGCCGAGGUGCUGGAGCUGACGGUGAAACGGGUGGAGGACAUCCUGCAGGAUCGCUCACACGAGGGCGACAGCAUGAGUCGGGAGGAGAGCGAGCGCUUCGCCGCCGGUUACAUCCAGUGCAUGCACGAGGUUCACACCUUCGUCUCCACCUGCCCCGGGAUCGACGCCACUGUGGCGGCCGAGCUGCUCAACCACCUGCUGGAAUGCAUGCCGUUAAACGAGGACCUGCAGGACGUCAUCCUGGAUUUUGGAUCCGAGGUUCUCUCUCCUACGCCAAGCUCGCCCGGAGCUCAUUCACCCACAGCGCCGUCCCCCAGCGCCUCCACCGGGGACGAUACGUGUUCUGAACUCGACGAGACUUUCGGCGAGGCCAGUCCGGUCCCGGCGGAGGAGGAGAAGAGUCCUGCUACCGGCCCCACGCUACCCUACUCAUCACACAUGUGGAGACCGUGGUAG